AUGGAUCUUGAGAAGGCAUCAUACGAAGACAAGGCGGACGACCAGGCAGGCACCGCGAGGGCUGUGCCUAUUCUAGACCCGGAGAUUGACAUCAUCGACUUCGAAGAAAAGAAGGAGCUCAAGCGGGGUUUGGAGCAACGUCACAUACAGAUGAUCGCACUGGCCGGCACCAUUGGAACUGGCCUCUUCCUCGGCUCCGGCAAGGCAAUCUCGCGUGGUGGUCCAGUCGGCGCUUUGCUGGGUUACGGAUUGACAGGCGUGCUGGUAUCUUGCGUUGUCCUUUCUGUGGCUGAGUUGUCGGCUCUCGUGCCGUUGUCCGGCUCCAUUAUUCGCCAUGCACACUUCUUUUUCGACCCGGCACUUAGUUUUGCCCAAGGGUGGAAUGGGGUAUACUCCAAUUGCGUCGGCCUUCCAGCUGAGAUCGUAGCAGCGGCCGUCCUCAUUGAUUUUUGGUCUCAUGGUAUCUCGAACGGGGUUUGGAUCACAAUCCUAGGACUUCUGUUGCUCGCAUCCAACCUCUUUUUUGUUCGCAUCUAUGGCGAACUCGAAUUCAGCUUCGCAACCCUCAAGAUCUUACUGAUUCUAGGCCUUAUCCUCAUGGGACUUGUUAUCGACCUUGGCGGAGGACCUGACCAUCAUCGUUACGGAUUUCAGUACUGGAAGAACCCGGGCCCUUUCGUGCAAUACUUGGGCGUACCAGGUCCCCUCGGACAGUUCCUUGGUUUCUGGACAACGUUCUCCAAUGCCGCAUACGCGUACUCCAGUAUUGAAAGUGUGCCGAAUGCAGCAGCAGAGACACGCAACCCGAGACGCAACAUCCCUAAAGCCGCGAAACGGAUCUUCUGGCGUGUGCUCAUAUUCUACGUUCUGGCCAUCUUCAUCGUAACCUUGAUUGUCCCUUCAAAUGAUCCGAACUUGCUUCAGUCAACGGGCAACGCCGCGCAAUCUCCCUUCGUUAUUGCUGCCAAUCGCGCUGGAAUCAAAGUGGUACCGCAUAUUAUCAACGCCGUUGUGCUGACCUCGGCCUGGUCCGCUGGCAACAGUGGGAUGUUGAAUGGCUCCCGAAAUCUGUAUGGGCUUGCACUUGAAGGACAUGCUCCAUCCAUCUUCAAGCGUGUGAACCGCUUCGGUGUUCCGUGGGUCGCGGUCUGCUUCUACGGCCUCUUCCUGUGCUUGGGGUUCAUGACUUUGAACACCUCGGCAUCAACGGUUUUCCAGUGGUUCCAAGACCUGGUAUCCUCUGCGGCGCUUGUGCAUUGGAUCAUCAUCUGUGCAGUCUAUCUCCGCUUUUAUUAUGGUUGCAAAGCGCAAGGUAUCGAUCGAAACGAACUGCCUUGGAAGGGUCCAUUCCAACCUUACGCCGCCUGGAUCGGCUGCAUAUCUUUCGGAAUCAUCUUGUUGACGGCAGGAUAUUCGGUGUUCAUGACGGGGAAGUGGUCGACGGAGACGUUCAUUUCGAGCUACUUCAACAUUCCCCUUAUCUUCGUGUUGUACUUCGGUUACAAGUUCACGAGGGGCACGAAGAUGGUUUCGUUGGAGGAGAUGCCGAUCAAGCAUUUCCUGCAAAUUGCGAAGGAUAACCCUGAGCCGUCAGAGAAGCCGCUUCGGGGCUGGAGGAGACUCAACAUCCUUUGGGAGUAA